AUGUCUACCAGAAAGCGCAAAGCUGACGACGAGGAGCUUGUUGCGCUCCCUUCAGACAGCGAAGGCGAGGAAGAAGAGGAGUACGAGGACUCUGAGCCUGAAGCUGCGAAUGAAGAAGAUAGCGAAGAGGAAGAGGAGGAAGAAGAGGACGAGGAGGCGGAGGAAGCCCAACCCGCUCCCAAGAAGCGCAAGACUGAAGCUGCUCCUCCCGCCAAAGCCUCUGAGUCUAAAGACCCAGCACCAGCGGCAGAGGAGAACGACGAGGAAGACAAGGAGGAAGAUGACAAGAACGGGGAUGAGACACCUGCGAAAGCCGCUAAGGCCGUUGUAGGCGGUAAAGUCCCCAAGGAGGCUGACUUAAAGGAGGUUGAUGAAGAGGAUGAGGACGAUGAGUGA